AUGCACCUGUCCAGACUGAGCGCAGCUAUGCCACGGAUUCAUGAAGGAUAUCUUUCACUCAACUAUUACACGCCGCGCUUGGUUCAACCAGCAGCCAAUGGAUCAUCAAGUCCUUCACUGCUUGACACCGUUUGCAUCAUGCAGGCAAUCGUGAAAGGCUUUGAGGGCAAUGCUCUAGCUUGGAUGCGUAUGCUUGACUUUGCUGCUACGGACCUGCUGGACUCAAGUGAUGCUGCGAGGCUUCUGGAUUUGAAGCUGUAUAGGCUUAGCCAAGAGAGAUAUUGA